AUGCCGACGGACGAGGAUGCGCUUGUGAGUGGAUCGGGCGCGAGGCACCCGACGUCGCCGACGCAGGUAGGCAAAGUCAAUCUCGCCUCGUCGACGGGGGUCCGUCAACAGCCAGCCCAGGCCCCAGGCCCCAGGAUAACCCGCUCGCCACUUCCCCGAGCCCCAGCUACCCGCCCGAGCCCCAGCAAUACAGGAAGCGAUUUCCGGAUCCCCGCAACCACCACCGACCGGGCAACCACUUCUAUACUGCUGCUAGCCAUGAAGCCAAAGUCUAAGCGGAUUACGACCUACAGCCUUGUAACUACCCUGCUGCUGCAUGUGAUACUGCUGCUAACACCUAGUAGUGAAGUGGCCGUCCUGUUGGCUGUGGAAACAGCACGUAAUCUCAUUCAGGCCGAUUCUAUAUUGGUAUAUCUACUGGGGCUCGGGCGGGUAGCUGGGGCUCGGGGAAGUGGCGAGGGGAUAACCCAGCGGCCACUCGAGUUGAGUCGCGUUUGGCAGGCGCGCAUACGCACACGCACACGCAUACGCAUCCGCAGAGCAGCAGAUGUCUGGCAUUAUCUCUAUCAGCCCUGCGAACUGCGACGGUACCCGCUACCGCUACCACCCACCACCCACCACCUACGCCCGCUCCCAGCUGCCCUCACGCGACUGAUCGCUGCCGUCCACAUACGCGCCGAGCCUACUGACAAUGCUCCGCCUUGCUGUCGGCCAAUCUCCCGCCUGCACCACUUCCAUGUCCCGCCACACACCGCCGACAUCUCGCCAUACAUAAGUCGGCCCCUCCACCAUGCCGCCGCCCCUCCCCUCGCCCUCGCCCUCAGCCUCGACGCACGGAGGACUAGCAUCGGCGCACCACAGUCGCGGACCGCUACUCCGAAACAGCCCGUUGGCAGCGGCGGUGGACCUCUGAAAAGUGCCAAGCUUCGAGGCAGCUCGGACAAGGAGAAUGGCGGGGGCCAUGGCAGUGGCAAUGGUAAUGGUAAUCGUAGUGGCAGUGGCAUCCGCCGCACCAGCUCAGCCAACGUGCUGGCAGCGCGUGAGAAGAUUCCCAGCAAGGAUGGCACCGUGCAGCGGAACGCCAAGGACGUUGAAGGCCUCAAGGACUACGUACGUGCUAUUCCUCUCCUUUCACACAUACAUCCUCUACGCCGGACCGACCAUGGCCCUCUUCACUUCAUGUAG